GGAGUGUGACAAAUUUUGAGUUGGGUUAGCUUUGAUUUCAAGAGCAUCAUGCUAUUGACUACUGCCACCACCACCUGUGAGAAUUGUCGUUGGAAACUUGGAAUUGGAACCCCAUCAUAAAGGGACAUCCCUUAAACGUCGUCGUUUUGGUUGCAAUCGCCAUGGACGACCUUCCCAUUUCUCCGACGGAGCCCCGGGGGAGUCCCUCUCCCGGGAAGGAGCAGCAAGCCGCCGGCGUCGGAAUCCUCCUCCAGAUCAUGAUGCUCGUCCUCUCCUUCGUCCUCGGCCACGUCCUUCGCCGCAAAAAAUUCUAUUACCUUCCAGAGGCCAGCGCUUCUCUCUUGAUAGGUUUGAUUGUGGGUGGACUUGCCAACAUCUCCGACACAGAAACUAACAUCAGGGCAUGGUUUAAUUUCCACGAGGAGUUUUUCUUCCUCUUUCUGCUACCUCCAAUCAUAUUUCAGUCUGGUUUCAGUCUAUCUCCUAAACCCUUCUUUUCAAAUUUUGGGGCAAUUGUGACAUUUGCCAUUGUGGGAACAUUUAUAGCUUCAACUGUUACGGGUAUUCUGGUUUACCUUGGUGGUCUGAUUUACCUCAUGUACAGACUUCCAUUUCUUGAAUGUAUGAUGUUUGGUGCUCUUAUAUCAGCAACCGAUCCUGUCACUGUUUUGUCCAUAUUUCAGGAACUUGGUACCGACACGAACCUUUAUGCCUUGGUUUUUGGAGAAUCUGUUUUGAAUGAUGCAAUGGCAAUUUCCUUGUACAGGACGAUUUCAUUAAUUAAAAGCCAUGUGCCAUCUGAACAAAACUUCUUUAUGGUCAUUGUCAAGUUUCUUGAGACUUUUGUUGGUUCAAUGUCAUCAGGUGUUGGAGUUGGAUUUACUGCUGCUUUGCUUUUUAAGUAUGCAGGAUUGGACAUUGACAAUCUUCUGAACUUGGAGUGCUGUCUAUUUGUUCUUUUUCCAUAUUUCUCGUAUAUGUUAGCAGAAGGUCUGGGUCUAUCUGGAAUUGUGUCAAUAUUGUUCACUGGGAUUGUUAUGAAGCAUUACACAUUCUCAAAUUUGUCGGAAAAUUCUCAGCGAUUUGUUUCUGCAUUUUUUCAUUUGAUAUCAUCAUUAGCAGAGACAUUUGUAUUUAUAUACAUGGGCUUUGAUAUUGCCAUGGAACAACAUAGUUGGUCUCAUGUUGGAUUCAUCUUUUUCUCAAUUCUGUUUAUCAUAGUUGCAAGGGCGGCAAAUGUCUUUUCUUGCGCAUAUAUGGUCAAUUUGAUUCGGCCUGCUCAUCGACAAAUACCUUUAAAGCAUCAAAAGGCGCUCUGGUACAGUGGUCUUCGAGGAGCUAUGGCUUUUGCCCUUGCUCUACAAUCUGUUCAUGAUCUCCCAGAAGGGCAUGGCCAGACAAUAUUCACUGCAACCACAGCAAUAGUUGUUUUGACGGUUUUGUUGAUUGGAGGAUCAACAGGUACCAUGCUGGAAGCUUUACAAGUUGUAGGUGAUGGCCAUGAUGGUCCCAUUGCUGAAAGCUUUGAAGUGAAUAAUGGCUAUAUUUCUCCUCCUUAUGAUGAGGAAGAGUCAUCUGGGAACAGGCUCAAGAUGAGACUUAAAGAGUUCCAUAAGAACACGGCAACGUUUAGAGCACUAGAUAAGAACUAUCUCACUCCAUUCUUUACAACUCAAACUGGAGAUGAUGAAGAACAAGAAUACUUUGGUGAAGCAGCAUCCAGUUCCAGAAGAGCAAGUUUCCAUGGCUAAAAUUCCCAGUGUCCAAUUUAUUAAGAAAUUCAUAUACUGCAAGAGGAGUCAACUUUGUAAAGGAUGUAUGGAUUGAGUUGCACUCCACAAGUAGCUAGGAAGAUGAAGGCAAGCAAUGGCUGUGCUUAAAUCAUCAUUGACUUCAUAUAGGAGCUAAUUAAAAUACCAUUAUACCAUUGUAGAACUCACAGGAGAGCUCAGAAAAUGUCCACUAAUCAAUGCAAUCAAACAUGUUCACUUGAUCCACUUAAGCAUUAGUUCCUUAGCCUCACAUUCUAUGUACCCAUUAAACCCAAAUGUGCAAAAAUAUAAUGCUUAUAUAGGUGAUUGUUUGCAUGAA